AUGAAUCUGAGAGAUUUAGUCACACAGUUUGAGCAACUGCAACGGAAAUGGCUUACUACUGUGCUCUGUCUGACCCAAUCCGAACGUGACUGGGAUUUACGCGUUCAGCUGGAUCGUAUGAGAAAACAGGACGGUCUCUCANCAGCUGGUCCGCUGAAUUCGGUGACGAACGAGGUGGAUGCGGACGCGGAUGCGGACACAUUAGCGCUGCAACCAUCACUCGUGACCAUCUGGUCUGAUCCGUCAAACGCAGCGAUGGAAACGCAAAUUGUAACAACCGGGGCGGGAUUCGAUGAACAGAUAACCCCGAGGGAUUCGGCACAGACCAGUCCGGGUGCAAUCACUUGGCCUGAUUUGACUGAGAACGACAAGAAUGGGGACGGCAGUGGUCCUGAGGAGAAACAAUCCGCUGCGCGGAACAACGAGACACAACCUAAUGACGCUUAUUCAACGAGCCGCACACCUCAAGGCCAACUUUCGAAGAUCAACUUGUGUUUCCUGGGCUAUGUUUUCGGUUCUUCCAGUAUUGUAGAUAAUUCGGCUGCACAAAGAACUCACCUAACUUCACUCUUUUCCUCGCUCUACAUUGAUCGGUCAGAUUUUGUGGGUUCACCUUGUAACAUCAAAUUGCUAUCGUAUCUAACGUCCAUCCAUUCUGAUACUGAACAACUGAACUGGUGCAAAAAUGACUAUUCUCUGAAUCCCCAUUUGAUCCAAUCGCUUCGACAAGACUUCUAUACCCUACGAAAUUGUUUAGUUGGUCAACCAUUGUGGGAAUUUGGACCCCUGUUUUCGUGGUGUUUCAAACCGCAUCGGUUUACUUAUCGCAUCGCAGUUCAAUUGAUACGACACUGCUUCAAUUCUGAACUGUUCGGUGCAUUGCAUGUGGACAACUCACCUCGUGCACUGGCCCCUAUACGACAAUCAUCAUUGGAUACGUGGGAUUGGUUUGGUCGAUCUUCCGUGUUUCGCCCCGCGCAUGUACACUGGACUGAUAUGGACAGGCAUUUCAAUCUCACAAGUCGACUGUUCUGCACCAACAAUAAUGGUCUUUCCUCAGAUCAGGAACUAACAACGCCCAGCAUCAUUAAGCCUCGUUGUCGACGUUCACGUUCCACGGUCGGGGGGAACAAUUCAUGCACACUGGCCGUUUCAUCCUCCGCGCACAGAUCACCUCAGAUGGGCACUGUGCAAGUUCUGACUCAUGAGGCACCUAGUGUGAUAGAGGAGUGGGAUGAUCUGGACGAUGAUGGACGUGGCUCGGUGAAUUCCGACGAACCUCUGAAAAGUGAUCCGAUUUUGUACAGUGGAUUUCUACUGCGUGCACUGAAGCCACCUGCCUCACCUAGACGACCGCUGACUGCGAGUGUCCGGCCAAAGCCGCAUCGUAGUCGGAGUAGCAGUCGAAACGGUUUAGGAUUUGAUCGAAUCUCCGAAACUGACGGAAAAUGCUCACUAGUCGUGGUAGAUGAUUCGAUGCGAUUGGGAAGUCCGCUCGAAGCACCGAAACCUCGCAAACGACACCAAAGCAGCACACAGUUAAAUAUAAACAGAGACGAAUGCGAACUGAAAGAUGAAAUCGAACAAUGGAAAUCGCAUAUGUCCGAUUUGUCUGGUAUGCGUUCACCGCUUAAGGAUUAUUCUUCUCCUCAAAUAACACCCGAACAUACUCCUAAACCCGCCUUGCGCUCAAGAGGUUCGACCAGUUUGAAUCCCAAUGCGAGUACACCUACUCUGCUAAGGGUUAUUCCGAUCACCCGUGGGUCCCAGGAUUCGGUUGAUUCCAGUCAACCAUGUAGUGCUCAAGCGAUCAAACCGUCCAACUGGGAGAUGCAAAAAUCGGUCGAUAUCUCAAAUGGCAUCGCCGGAGAAAACAAUGAUUAUGUCAUGACAAGAACAGCACAAGGGAAUGGAUGUGCCUCCAACUCGAUCACGAACGGGACGAACAGACGGACUACCGAUUUGGCUCAAUCGAUAGAUCAGAACAAAUCGAUAAGAUUCGUUAUUUCAAACAGUGUGGACGGUUCUGCCCGAAUCCACUCUCCUGCCACCUUCGGUAGUGGAGAUGACAGUUCAAGUCAGACCACUGAUUCGGCCAGUUUGGACUUGAUUGCGGAACUGCGUCGGGCUCGAGAUCAUGUUCAACGCAAACUGGACGAAUUGCGCAGUCCACGUGCAUUAGACGAACCGGAACUGUUGGCAGCCUCGUGCGAACAAUUACGCACGGUUUUGGGGCAAUUAGAAGCGUUCAACUUCCGGGUCGACACAGUGCGAGUGCGAUUGGGAUUGACCAACUGUACAAAAUCCUCGCUGCAGAAUGACCGGAACCCGGAGCUGAAUGAGCUAGAACUGCUUUGGGAUACGAUGGUUCAACAGACCGAGGCAUGGUUCAACACCUUACAGAAGGCAUUUAUUCAUUCCAAGAGUUUAGAGCAAAUUCUGUCCGAAUUUCGACGUGAUUUAGACUUUGCCGAGGUCCGUCUUCAGCCGUUUUUCGCUCCAAUGUAUGGAGAAACCCAGUGCCCCUCUCAAUCUUGGCGUGAGAAUUCGUUGGAUGAAUUGGGUCCCACAGAGCUAGAAAUUCAAAGACUGGAUCUUGAUGAAGAGUUAGUCAGGGUAAACGAAAACCAAAACGGCCAGUCUGUGGAUGAGGCUAACCACGUGCCGACCGCGCUUCGAUUGCUGCGAGUCAUUCGUUUUCGACUUUCCUGCUGGUUUUCACAUGUGAAUUUACUGAUGCUGACCACGGACAGUACCCAGAUUUUGUCUUCUCUCACUCGCGUUCAGGCUGGUCGAUUAGUUUCCGGGCGAUUCUCAGUGGACGAGUCUACUCGGAUUCGACUGAAACAGCUUCGCGCUUCUGUCGGACGUCUGGUGGACGAAGCUGAACGUUUACUGACCGCUUGGAGUUCACGCCGUUCCGUAAGCCGUAUUCCACUGGCCGUGGUUGGCUCGAGUAAAGCAUCAACUCCCACAGCUCGGGGGACAUCAGACGAUUUGGUUCUGACCGCGAGGUCCUCAUGUUUGUCAAAUCUCAGCGGUACGUAUCCAGUUCGACCGGAUAGUAAACCUCGUUUGCGAACUUUCAAAGACUCGUCAGCACUGCGCAUUCGCGAAUUUGUGAAACUCGAAACCCGAACGUGCAAGGUUGAUCAUGAUUCGUUCUGCUCGUCUGACACGGACGAUAACGUCGAAGAAUUGGUAAGUGACGAUCCCGUUUCAUUUCUCAUACAGAAUGAUAUCUUUCCAUUACACGCCGGUGUCUGCAAACAAGGCGUCGACACCUCAUGGGCGUCCGAAUUGACUGCACACAGUGUGGCACUCUCAGACAACACCUCGUGCGGUCUGACCGCCACACUGGACACGCACAAUUCUCAUCCAACUACAGUUCUCGAUCAACCAUACCAGUACCAAUACCCGGAACAAACGCAACACGUCCAUGCAUAUCAUUCCCCGGAUCUGUGCGAAACUCAUCUGUUCGACGAUCCUCAACCGUCGUCCAUUCAGUUGUCAACCAGUUCGGAUCACACUACCAUCGUCAGGAGCCUCGCCGAUAGUCUGUGUGAGAUUAGGACAGACCCAUUGGUUCUCACUCCUAUCCAGAAUGACACUAAUAUGGAAGAUAAGAAUUUCAGCAAUCCAGGACAGAGAACACAUUCAGUCGAAAUUACUCAUCCCCGAUCCCCGGGAUUUUCCAAUCCACCCAGUGCGCCUGAUUUUGACAGGUCACUUGUCCUGUGGCAUUCCGUAUCGCGUUACGUUUCGAGAGUGUGGAGACAAAUACAAAUAUGGAACCCUGCCCGAUCUGUUCGUCCUACUCCGACUGUAACAGUCGAGCGUGAUUCGAAACUCCUGACCGAAUCUGUCUCCAUUCUGACGCAACCACGCUUCACAGUUCGUGCCCGAUCAUGGUACCAUUCUGUGCGCGAUUGGACCGUGCGUUACCUGGAGACACGUUGGACCAAUCGUCCAUGGUAUCGGGACAUUCUCAUAGGGACAGUUUGUGCACUUUUCCUGCUUGUUGCGUUUCCCUACCUAGUCCAUUUGUUUUUCUCGCUACGUGUCAUGUAUCUAUCCGAUCAGGAGGCACAUUCUUCCACCUCAUGUGUCUAUCGCUGGUCUCACCUAUUCCCUUGGUUUCAGGAUACACAAGAAGUGGGGCCCGGCCGCACGCUAAGCAAGACAUGGCCCCGACAUGCACCACCGUUCUGA